CGUCCAUAAUACACUUCUGUGGCACAAGCACUGAAGCAGUACUACUAGUACUACUACAGAUUGCAGUGCAAAAUAUAUUUGCGCCCAGUUCGGUUAUAUUCCAUGAAUAUCCAGUGAAGAUAAAUGCAACACUGCAUUGCUGAUUCAAAUUCAAAAUGGUAUAUAACACGAUAUCAUUCAUGGGUCAGAACAGAAGUACAGGUAGUUCUGUUGAGUGACGUGAGUGUUGUCUGACUGAGGAGAAGGCAGCUGAUUGUACCAUCAAAGCGUACACAAUCAGCGGCGAAUUCUUGGGCAGUGCAAGAACAAUGGCAUGAAGGCACAGAAUUAGACACAUGUAAAUAAUAUCGCUAAAUGCAAUGAGUAAUCUGAAUUACAGAGCAAAAUCUGAUAAAAAUACUUACAGCCGAUACGGUCAUCCAAGCAGUGAAAAAGGGGAUCGACAUAGCACGCAUAACAUGGAUAUGUCACGUACACACCAACACCAAAGUGAAAGCCAUCGGCAUAAGGAACGCUACCGUGAUAAACACAAAUCAGCGUCAUCUUACUUGAAUAACGAGCAUGAUAAACACAAAAAAGGUUCCAUUUCUGAUAGUUUAGAGGACUGUGAUGAUAACAACUCUGACUUUGAUUGGGAAGCAUAUAGAUCAUCACUGAACCGAAUUUUCUUUACAGACACCGACCCUAUUAAAGUAGAGACCCCUGACUACCAUAGUUUUUGGGCAUUUUUAAAGAAAUUCCAGGCUUUCAAUAAGAUGAAACGUACGACAAAAAAGUUAGUGACAAAUGUAUUAUCCAAGACUGUGCUCGACCUUCCAGCUUGUUAUGAUAAGCGCUACCGAAUUAACCUUGCGCUCGCAAAAAACAUGGAUGAGAUGAGGAAAAUAGCAUCAACCACAACAAAAGGUAGAGAACUCACUGUCACACGACUGUCACAAUUUAAGUACAUUCUAUUGUGUUACAUGGAUUUUUGUCAGAAGCAAAAAUUUAACAAGUUGAGACAAUUAAAAAAAACGCAGGAGAACUUGCCCAUUUUCAAGUACAAACAGGAAGUCAUUAAGGCUGUUCAUCAACACCCUGUGGUUGUAAUUGCUGGAGAUACUGGAUGUGGGAAGUCUACCCAGGUUCCCCGAUAUCUAUUGGAUGCUGGUUUCACCAAUAUUGCAUGCACACAGCCACGGCGAAUCGCCUGCAUGUCAUUAUCGAAACGAGUUGCGUAUGAAACACUGAAUGAGUAUGGUUCCAAAGUUGGGUACCAGAUAAGGUUUGAGAAGCACAAGACACAGCACACGCGCAUUCUGUUCCUCACGGAGGGGCUGCUGCUGCGGCAGAUGGAGACUGACCCUGAGCUCUCUGCUUACACUCUCAUCAUUCUCGACGAGGUCCAUGAGCGCCACCUACACAUGGAUUUCUUACUGGGAGUCCUGCGCUGUCUAGUACAGCAUCGAAAAGACCUAAAGGUAGUGUUGAUGUCAGCUACCAUCAACAUCGAAUUGUUCUCAGAAUACUUUGGCUCUGCCCCAGUUGUCAAGGUGCCAGGACGUCUAUAUCCAAUCAAGCUAAACUAUAUGCCUGCCAAAAAUCCAGAGACGAAAACUGAGCGAUUGGAUCCAUCACCAUAUGUUCGCAUUCUACAGAUGAUUGACAAUAAGUACCCAGCAAGCGAAAGAGGUGAUAUGCUGAUUUUCAUGUCGGGGAUGUCAGAGAUCCAGAUCGUGGUGGAGGCAGUGAAGGCAUAUGCAGAAAAUAAGCAACGCUGGAUCGUGGUUCCGCUGCAUAGUGCACUCUCCAUAGCUGAACAGGACAAAGUUUUUGAUGUGGCACCAGAAGGAGCUAGAAAAUGUGUUGUAUCUACCAACAUUGCUGAGACGAGUGUCACAAUAGAUGGUAUCAGGUUUGUCGUAGACUCUGGCAAGGCGAAGGAGAUGAAUUAUUUCUCCCAGUUUAAGAUGCAGCGUUUGCAGGAGUUCUGGGUGAGCAAAGCCAGUGCUGAGCAGAGAAAGGGACGAGCAGGCAGAACAGGUCCAGGAAUCUGCUACCGUCUCUACACGGAGCAGGAUUACGAAGCAUUUGAUGACUACACAAUGCCGGAAAUUCACAAAGUGCCGUUAGACUCGCUCGUCCUGCAGAUGAUUGCCAUGGGCUUGUCCGAUGUCAGAACGUUCUCAUUCAUAGAGGCGCCAUCUAGUGCUAGUAUUGAGUAUGCAGUGCAGAGUCUGAAGGAGCAUGGUGCGCUUACACAAAGUGAAAAGCUAACGCCUAUAGGACAGAUGCUGGGAAAGCUUCCCGUUGAAGUUGUCCUAGGAAAAAUGCUAAUUAUGGGGUGCAUUUUCAACAUUGUGGAGCCGGUGACUACAAUGGCUGCUGCACUGGCCAUACAGAGUCCUUUCACAAACUAUGCAUACAGGGACCCCGACGUCCUGCUGGCCCGAAAGAACCUCGAAUCAAGCCACGGCGACUCGUUCACUCUGCUGAACUGCUUCAACGAGUGGCUGCAGCUGAAGGCGGGUCGAGGCACGUCGUCUCGACGCUGGUGCAAGACGCGAGGUCUCGAGGAGCAGCGCUUCUACGAGAUCACAAAGCUGAGGCAGCAGUUCAGACAGCUUCUAAGCAGCCAUGGGCUACUGGAGAAGAAGCCAGACCUGCAGACGAGCACAGAGCGGAGGCAGUACUACGGGGAAGUACAGCGGCUGAAGCGUAUGAAGCGGGAGUAUCACAGUGCCGCACCACGCAAGCGCAAGGUCCUCAAGCGUGAAUCCAACCACGAAAUCGAAGGGUUUCACGGUCACAGCAGUGACGAGGAGAAAGCUGUCGAUAUUCGAGAUAUCGAUUUUCAUCUUGCUCACAGCUCGUCAACACUGCGAGAGGAGGUAGAAGCAACCCAGCUGACUCACAAACAUGUUAUCCUGCUGAAGCUGAUACUGAGCAGUGGCCUGUACCCUCAGUUGGCGAUCGUAGAUGAGAACAAUUCUUUCCGACCAAAUACCGAUCAAGUGUUUCACACGAAAGACAAGCCGUUCGUAGUGCUGCACCCUGUUGGUGUGUUUGCUUCCGAUCCAGAACUUCUGCAGCUGAAGGACCUGGAUGUAAUGAGUAGCGAAGAGAGUAAGGACACUCAGCAAGUACAGACAAGCGCUAAGCAUCAACUCCUAACAUAUGUCACUCUGAUGGAAUCAAAGAACAAACCUUACAUUAUCAACACAACACGAGUUCCUGCACUGCAGACUUUGCUGCUGUUCGCCCAUGCAUUGGACACCAGUGCAGACCUGCAGAGGGUCGUUGCUGAUGGCUGGUUGGAGGUGACCUUCAUAGACACCGACCAGGCACAUGGUACUAUCAGUGGUGUGAUACAAAUCCGCCGUGCAUGGGCUGAACUAGUGGAGAAACGACUCAGUGACAUAAGUGGGAAGCAUACCGAGGUACCAGCGAUGUCGGAAACCAAGCUAGAGAGAAGAUUGCAGGCAUUAAUGUACACGGAGAUUCCAUAUAAACUCAGGAGGGUGUUGGCAGCAGAGCGCCAGCAUAUGUACCUAGGAUCAAGAGCAGGAGAGUUAUCCACAGGGGAGAAUCCCUUCUCUCCUGGUGAACAAUGCGAGCUGGAUGCUGUAAAGGGAGGUCUGCAGGUAACGGAUUACCUCACCUAUGGCUGCCUUGAUUGCUCAAGUCACAGCACGGCAUUCCUAAGUAGUGUUUGGACGUGUCCAAGCUGUGAGUGCAAAAUGGUGGUCAGCGAAUUGCAGAGACUGCAACACGAGAACAGCUGUGGUAUGACGGAAGGAGAGGCGAGUAAAGUGGAGGAGGAAGAGGAGGAGGAAGAUGAUGGGCCAGUGAAUCCUCUUAAGAAGUCCUAUUAUUGCGAACCAUGUAAUAAGAAUUUCAAGUUUACCUCAGUGGAGAUUCUCAAACACAAGAAGCAGCAUGCACAAUAAGAUGCCAGCACUACGUAUGUGUUUGCUGGUUUAUGUUCUCGCCAGGUGGCCUCACUAGCUGUUAAAUAACCAAAAUAUAUUAUAUAUAUAUCAAGAGUACAUAAUAGAGAAGAGUAUGACACCGUUUUAACAGCGUUUUGCAUAG